AUGGCCUCCGCUAUUCCAACCAAAGCCGGCACCACCGUUCAGAAAGGCCUGCCAGACCUCAUCAUCGACAAGAUAACCAGCAGAGAAUACGUGCGCGGCAACUUCCUCGGCAAGGGUGGAUUCGCAAAAUGCUACGAGUUCACCGACAGAGCUACCAACAUAGUUUAUGCUGGCAAGGUGGUCUCCAAGGCACAUCUCGUAAAGGCACUUCAGAAGCAAAAGAUACACCAGGAGAUUCAAAUUCACAGGAGCCUCGAUCACAAGAACAUCGUCGGUUUCAACAGUUACUUCGAAGAUGAAAAGAAUGUAUACAUCAUCCUGGAGCUCUGCAACCGACGGAGUCUCAUGGAAAUGCACAGGCGUCGCAAGAUACUCACGGAGGCAGAAGCACGCUACUUUCUACACCAGCUUCUUCUUGCAUGCCACUACCUCGUGCAACAGAAGGUGAUUCACAGAGACCUGAAGCUGGGCAACCUUCUGCUGAAUGACAAGAUGGAACUCAAGGUGGGAGACUUUGGGCUCGCUAUCCGCUUGCAGUUUGAUGGCGAGAAGAGGAGGUCGCUCUGCGGCACGCCCAACUACGUAGCACCUGAAGUACUCUCGAAGAAGGGGCACAGCUUCGAGGUUGACAUCUGGUCUGUAGGAUGCAUCUUGUUCACCCUCCUUGUUGGUCAUCCGCCAUUUGAGACUCCCACCUUGAAAGAGACUUACGCCCGCAUAAAGAGGAACGAGUAUCGUGUGCCUUCGUCAGUGAGCUCUGCGGCCAGAAAACUCAUCAGGAAGCUGCUGCAGCCAGAUCCAGCAAGGCGACCAAACGUUGAAGCCAUUUUGGAGGAUGAAUUCAUGUUCAGUGGGCCCCUGCCAUCUCGUCUACCGACAUCUUGCCUAACGACGGAGCCCCGCAACGACACACUGAAUGCCAACCUGUCAGCGAAUAAUAGCCGCAAGCCUCUGCUGGAGUGCAAUGUGUGUUUAAAACUAGGCGCAAAGGUGACGCCCAUAAGAAGGAACACAAAAAAGGCAGCCAAGCCUGCGCAGUGCCUCGAACCCCAACAGUCUGCCCUACCAGGCAGCUCUCGGAGACCCGCCGCAGAGAACGCGGCCAGCGAAGGGGCUCCGCACAAGGCUCACCUCGCCGAGCUUCAGCGUCUGCUGACGUGCCUGGUCAACGCUCGUCCACCUCAGCUACGCUUCGAGCGUCCCGACGAGGCGGAGGAUCCGGCUUCCGUGCCAGUUUUCUGGCUCAGCAAGUGGCUAGACUACACUGACAAGUAUGGGCUGGGCUAUCAGCUGUGCGACAACAGCGUAGGCGUAGUCUACAACGACAACACCAAACUGAUUCUGCUGGGCAACGGCCAAAGCGUGACGUACGUCGACGAGGACUGCGUCGAGCACUACCACACCUUGCAACAGUAUCCACCAUCGCUGGAGAAGAAGAUCACACUGCUGAACUAUUUCUGUAAUUACAUGAAGCAGUACCUUCACACGACAGGGGCGGAUGUCAGCCCCAGGGAAUGUGACAAUCUGGUACGGCUGCCGUGCAUCCGUAGGUGGCUGAGAACGCCGUCAGCGAUGGCGUUCUACCUGACUAAUGGAACAUUGCAGAUAAACUUUUUCCGGGCCCACACGAAGCUCAUCUUGUGUCCACUGAUGGCAGCAGUGACGUACAUCGACGAAGACCGGGUUUUCCAUACGUACCGACUGGAGACUUUGCAUAACGGCUGCCCGCCCGAGCUAUUGACACGGCUAAAGUAUGCGCGGGAAGUCGUAGACCAGCUGGCCGACGUGCUCUCCUAGUCCAACCACCUUCCCAUCUUUGUUCGCUCCGUCCUGAGACCGAGAUUUCGUAGUUUCUUUUUUUUCUCAAUAUAACUU